AUUGAAUGACAUUUAUUAGUGUCGUGCCCUCACAUUUCUCAUCACCAGCCACCAACAUCUAUCUUCUUGACAUUAAAACCCCCUCACUAACUCACAUUUCCAAUCGCAUAAAACGACCAUUUCCAAAAUCCUCGUACCUCUGUCUGUGGAUCAAGCAAUGCAAGGGAGCGAGAGGAUGAAGAACCGAUGGUUCAUGUGGCUAUUGGGGGCGUUGUGUAUAAUUGGAGCCACGCUCUUCAUCGCUAGUUUCAUGCAAACCUCUGAGAACAGUCUUCUAUGCACAAUAACCAGAGCGCAGCAGCGUUUAACAGGACCUCCCACAUCGAUGCAGCUCAGAGCGAUACUUCACUACGCCACCUCGCAGAUUGUGCCGCAACAGUCUCUUUCGGAGAUCACCAUCACCUUCGACGUCCUCCAGGCCCUUAAUCGGCCCGCCAAAUUCCUCAUCUUUGGGCUGGGCCACGACUCCCUCAUGUGGGCCGGUCUCAACGCGGGAGGCACCACGCUCUUCCUCGAGGAGGACCCUAAGUGGGUCCAGACCGUCCUCAAAGAGGCGCCGGGCCUCCGUGCCCACACCGUCCGCUACCGAACCCAGCUCCGGGAAGCCGACGAGCUCCUCUCGUCUUACCGCUCCGAGCCCGCCUGCUCGCCGGCCACUGCCACGCUCCGCGGCAACGAGCGGUGCAAGCUGGCGCUCCAGAACCUCCCGGACGAGGUGUACUCGACGGAGUGGGAUCUGAUCAUGAUCGACGCGCCGAAGGGGUACUUCGCGGAGGCGCCAGGACGCAUGGCGGCGAUCUUCUCGGCGGCGGUGAUGGCGAGGGACAGGAAGGGCUCCGGCGUGACGCACGUGUUCCUGCACGAUGUGGAUCGGAAGGUGGAGAAGGCUUACGCCGAGGAGUUUCUCUGCCGGAAGCAGUUGGUCAAAGGCGUGGGCAGGCUCUGGCACUUCGAGAUUCCUCCCUGGGCUAAUCACUCUCGUCAUGACGCGCGUUUCUGUUAGGUUUCACUUUUUCUUAUUUUAUUUUAUUUUAUUUUAUUUUAACGGUGUAGUGAAUACUGAAGAAUAGUGAGAGGACCAUAUCUAUAUGUCAUUAUAGCUCUACCAUUUUAGUUUACUUUUUUGCAUCUUCUUAGUUUGAACACAGAAAAAACGGUAAUCAUUACAAGUGGACGGUGGCGAUGAAGAAGGCUCCGUCGCACUCUACCGACACUUUUUCACACACGAGAAACUUGUGGGUUCUGCUUCGUUCCUUUUUCGUUUGGCUUCUGUUAACACCUUAUUACUCUAAUUUGGAUUGGAUAUGGCGGUUAAUGUCGA